AGUCUGCAGCGUGGUGCUGGAAAUCUCGCGAUUGUUGGCGUUAUUAGAGAGAGGUUGAAGAUGGCGCCUGUUGUGACAGGGAAAUUUGGGGAGCUCCCUCAGCCAAAGCGUUUAACAAGAGAGGCAAUGCGCAACUACUUGAAGGAGAGAGGAGAUCAGACAGUACUCAUACUGCAUGCAAAAGUCGCACAGAAAUCAUACGGCAAUGAAAAAAGAUUCUUCUGUCCUCCACCAUGUGUGUACCUGAUGGGCUGUGGCUGGAAGAAAAAGAAGGAGCAGAUGGAGAGAGAGGGCUGCUCAGAGCAGGAGUCUCAGCCUUGUGCCUUUAUCGGCAUUGGAAACAGUGAACAAGAGAUGCAGCAGCUCAACUUGGAGGGCAAGAAUUUUUGCACAGCAAAAACAUUGUACAUUUCUGACUCGGACAAACGGAAGCACUUCAUGCUUACAGUGAAAAUGUUCUACGGGAACAGCGCGGAUAUCGGUGUCUUCCUCAGCAAACGAAUCAAGGUCAUCUCCAAACCUUCCAAAAAGAAACAGUCGCUGAAGAAUGCAGACCUGUGCAUAGCUUCUGGGACGAAGGUGGCUCUUUUUAACCGCUUGCGGUCUCAGACUGUCAGUACGCGGUACCUUCAUGUGGAAGGGGGAAACUUCCAUGCUAGUUCACAACAGUGGGGAGCCUUCUACAUUCAUUUAUUGGAUGAUGAUGAGUCAGAGGGAGAAGAGUUUACAGUCAGAGACGGUUAUAUCCAUUACGGUCAGACGGUGAAGCUGGUGUGCUCUGUGACAGGCAUGGCUCUUCCACGACUUGUCAUUCGUAAAGUGGACAAGCAGACGGCGCUAAUGGACGCUGACGAUCCUGUGUCCCAACUACAUAAAUGUGCCUUCUACCUUAAAGAUACAGAGAGGAUGUACCUCUGCCUGUCGCAAGAGAGGAUAAUUCAGUUCCAGGCCACACCCUGUCCCAAAGAAACAAACAAAGAAAUGAUCAACGAUGGGGCGUCAUGGACAAUCAUCAGCACAGACAAAGCAGAGUACACUUUCUAUGAGGGGAUGGGCCCUGUACCCUCACCUGUCACACCCGUGCCUGUUGUUGAAAGUUUACAGCUGAAUGGAGGAGGAGAUGUUGCCAUGCUGGAACUGACAGGACAGAACUUCACGCCUAACCUCAGAGUCUGGUUUGGAGAUGUAGAGGCAGACACUAUGUACAGGUGUGGUGAAAGUGUUCUCUGCGUGGUUCCCGACAUCUCUGCGUUCCGUGAGGGGUGGCGGUGGGUUCGGCAGCCAGUGCAGGUUCCUGUGACCUUGGUCCGUAAUGAUGGCAUCAUCUACUCCACAGCUUUGACAUUUACCUACACGCCAGAGCCAGGACCGCGUCCUCACUGCAGCGCCGCGGGAGCCAUACUACGGGUCAACUCCUCCACCUCACCAUCUUCAUCCUCCUCAUCCUCCAGCCUACUGCUGCCGUCAGCCGUGGACAGCCAGGCAGGAUACAUGGCAGCAGGGAGCGUGUCUUCAUCUUCCUCUUCCUCAGCUAUGUCUGUCUCCUAGCCUGGGAAUCUCAAUGUGCGUUUGCGUGUGUGAGUAAGUGAGCCUUUGUGAGAGAUGCUGAUUCGUCCACACAUAGACUUCCCUAGAUUCAUGGGAUACAGAACACGAAAACGGAUAAUGAUGCGACAGAGAGAGAAGAACGAGUGACAAGACUUCACACAGAGACUGGACAAAACAAAUGAAGAUGUCUCUCUUCUGCUCUCUCUCUCUCUCUCUGUUUUUCUUUGUUGCGGUUCUUUUUCAAUCUGUUUCCUCAUGUCGGAGGAUGUGGCAACAGAAGUGAUGUGUGCCGUGGAUCAAGAUGCCACAGGAUCAAUGCAUAAGCCUUACAUGAAAAAAAAAAAAAUACAAAGCCUUUUUGAAGUAAGUGCAAGCUGGAAAUUGCUUUGAGAGAUGUUGUUUUCUACUAAAGGGCUUAAUGCACUGUUUCGCCAGGCUUGGAAGGAAAGUUUUAGUAAUAUAGUUUUUACGGACCAAGGAAUAUUAUUAUUAUUAUUAUUUUUAUUGAUACAUAAUUUUAUAAGCUUUAGCUAAGGUACAUUUUUCACCUUUUUCAGUUUUAUAACAUAUAGUAAACUUUUGUUACCAAAUAGUUUUGUAUAUUUCUUGUGAGUGUUUGGGCUCAGAAGGAAAUGGUUCUGGCAUUUUAAAAGCCUGAACUUAUAGCUGCCUUUACUCGUCUUGGCUAAUGCCUUAAGUCUUCUGGAGUUUCACCAGACCCUUUCUCUUUUGUAAUAUGUAUAUUGGUAUUUUUCCCCAAUCUUUUUUUUUCUCCACUAAACUAAUAUGUAAUAAUGAUGCCGUUUUUGUGUAUUUGGGAGAAGGUGACUCUUCUGCUUUGUUAAACUUUUUUUCUCAUAUGAAGUCUUUAACACAAAAGCUUUAACUGACUUUGCCGGUUGGCCGUGUGUGCCAUAUCGUACACAUAGCCAUUGAUCUGGCCCUUUUUCAUUGGCUAUAGAUAUUCAAGCUGCCAACAUAACAGUAACCUAUAAAAUAUCCCACACCAAAUGACUUCCAUUUAGUUGAACAUAAGCGCACAAAAUUAUUUAAAUGGGUCUGCGAUUUCAAAUUAAUUGGUUGACUCAAACCCUGUGGUAGGAAAGGACUGUACAGGUCUCAUUUGCAUAUCAUUCACGCUUUCAGUGUCAUGAUUUACUGUUAGUAUCAGACUAAAAUCAGCAUGUAGGAAAUUUGCUGCUUUGUUGUCAUGUGGUUUAACCAUAUAGAGAAGUGAGUGUGGUGUGUGUGGUGUUCUGUAAGUACAGUCAUGUUACAAGUAGCAUGCAUGAAUGAAAGUUUGAGUUAUCUCUCUAGUGUUUUUUUUUUUUAGAUAGGGAUGUGCGACAUUUUCAGAAUCAACCAAUUUAGGGUCAGAUUUACUAACGUCUUGCACCACUGCAAACCCUCUUUCGGCGUCAAGAAGCUAUUGUCAUAAUUUCCUGAAGACAUUGAAAAAUUAGUGAUUAAAAGGCAAGGACAUGGUUAUUUUUAUGGCUGAUCUUAUUGCGUAUUCAUUUGAAGAAGUUUCCCUUUUAGACAAUUAAUGUGAGGUAUUUAAAUUAAUCAUGCAAUGAGAUUUACUAAGGUUUGCAGUAGUUUGCGCCAUUAUUUAAUAUGCAAAAAAAUCACGUCUUAACCCAUUUUGCACUUGAGAUGCCUGCUCCUCUUGCUAGAUUGUGUUGGUCAUUGGAAAUGAUCAGGCUGCGUCUGUACACAUUAAUUUGCACAUCGUCUAGAUCACCCGCAAAACUUUCCACUCCUAUCAACGUUUUUAACUUUUUAUGGGAUUAUGCUAAUAUGCUCUGUUCAGUAAAUCUGGCCAUUGGUGGGUGGCCUGACCAGCUAGUUCAGUCUUCUAGUUAGUUGAAUGUUUUUAAUGAAACAUGGCAUCUUAAACACAACACUUGUACUGAGAUGCUCAAAUGGGUGUUUGAAUGUGUAAUUGUUGUACUAAAAAUCUAGAUAAACUAGUCAACUUCACUAAUUGACUAGAUUGUUUUGGACCCAUCCCUGCUUAUAGUCAACUAGCUUAGCGGUGUCAAGCUGAAUGGAAAGAAUCGGAAAAAGCACUUGUUCUCGCAUUGCUGCGUGUAAAUUACAGGAACUGAAAUCUUAUCCUUCCUUUCAUAUGUUUUGAUUCAUGAAACCGCAGAAGUGGCACAGCCUUCAUGAACAUCACUGCUGCGUCAAAAUGUGCCCUUUUAUGCCAAUGCCACAUGGAAUUAAAAAAAAAUGAAAACUUAAUACCAAAUGUUCAAUUUUGUUAUUGCUAUUGUCUAAAGCAACUAGAAAUGAGGCCUUAAACCACUACUGCUUAAUAACAGGAUCUGUUGGUAGAAUAUUACACUACAACAUUUGUGAAUAUGACAUAAGUGUUUGUUUAUACCUUUUACAGUAUAAUUCACAGAGCAAAAUGUCAUCUCAUGUCUGUGAAUCUUUGUUUCUUUUGCUGUCCUGUUUAUGUACUCCCCCCCCCCCCACCCCCACCCAACUCUACAUGCAUCAUCGGAUCCGAGAGAAAGAGACACUUAUGGUAUGGACUGCAUUUUGUUACUUUUUGGGAUUCAUAUAGGAACAGCAGCCGGUGGUUUUGGUUCUUUUAAUGUAUCCGUUUCUAUCAUGGUUAAUAUUAAUAUAUGAGUCUAAAUGUUAUAUUGAUUCUUUUAUACAACAUUAUUGCUGUAUUACAGUAUGACAUAUUAUUUUAAUGUUAAUAUUUCUAAACAUUUCUUCCAUGAUUGAGGGGAAAUUUCUAUGAAACUUCAUUUGUGUAUCAUUUUUUUUUUAUUGUCAGCCUUGUUUGGUCUGAAUUAGAAACUGUUGCUUUGGAAGAAGUAAAAGCCAGAACCCAGUAAUUCUUGCAAAGCCAUUAACUAGUAUCUACUGUGAGCUUUUUUUUUUUCAUCGAGUUCCUCAAUCAGGGAAGAAUAUUAAAGCAUACCAUGUGCAAGUGCUGAAAUGAAAACUGCCAAAUCUAAAGGUCAAAUUGUGAAGGUCACGCAUAACUUUUCCAUUUAUGCUUUCAGUGUUAUUUUUCUCUUGUAUCCAGUUGUCUUCCAGAGUGUUCAAAUCAGAGGACCUGAUUGGUUAAUUUCAAGACUAACCAUGUUGCGUUUCAUCAUUUGUGUUAGUUAGUAAGUUAGUAUCACCUGUGCCACUGUGCUUGCAGUUAAACAGAAACUAGUGUAUUAGAUCACUGUUAUCUUUGUCAAAAAAAAAAAAGGUGAGAAUUGAUGUCUGUUUUUUCAAGCGUUUCAAUGAAUUUGUUUUACAUUUUGGAAGUUACCAUCGUUGCCAAAUGGCUACCAGCUGUUUUAGUUUUGAGUGCAUUCUCUCUAGCAGAUUUGAACUGUAUUGGUGCUGUCUAACUCUUAAAGGGCCAGUGUAUCUGUUGCUUUUGGAAUGGAUCACUAAACACUGUAAUAGAUUCAAAAAGUGUAAUGUUUUUCUUUUAUGUUUGUCUUUUUAAGGUGCUAAAUUAAAACCAUCAAGAAAGUGUGGUAUGGGGAUUGCAAUACUGACCACUGUGUGCGUAAAAUGAUAGUUCAGGCAAAAAUUAAAACGUCAUGAACUG